CUUCAAGUUGCUCAAACGAGAAGCACAAAUCUUUGUGUAUCGGCUUAUGGUUUUGCUGUUUUCUGGAAUUUCAGUGUGAAGAUGGCAGCUCCUCCAAACCCUACUGACGGAAAUCCCCAGAAUCCAGUUCCGGAGGUGGUAAAGCCAACGGUUGAUGAUCAACAAGAUGCCAACAAAGCGGAUGCCAAGGAAACAUCAAUAUUUGUCAAUACAGAACCAAUACGAGAGGAACAAGUGCAGAAUGCUGUGAAGUUCCUUUCACACCCUAAGGUUAAGGGAUCUCCUGUUAUGUAUAGACGGUCUUUUCUUGAGAGGAAGGGACUUACGAAGGAGGAGAUAGAUGAAGCAUUUCGACGUGUUCCUGAUGAAUCCCCUAGUCUUUCAACUACUCAGGCGGCUGUCGCAAAUCAAGGUGGCCAGUCACAGCCUAUAUCGAACAUUCAAGCACAACCGCCAACUCAAUAUCAGCAACCUGCAGCAGCUGCUCAAGCUGCUCCGGAUUCUAAAUUGGGGACCUUGACAUCAUCACGGUUCCAUUGGUCACAUGCUCUUCUUGCCGUAGGAGUUCUUGCUAUCUCAGGAGCUGGGACAGCUGUAGUUUUUAAGAAUGCUGUUGUUCCUAGAUUGAAAUCUUGGAUACGUAAAGUUGUUCAUGAAGAAGGAGAAGAGGACCUUGCAAAGAAAGCCGAUGCAAAACCAACACUAGCUGAAGAAGCUGCUGCUGCUGCAAAAGCUGCAGCGGCAGCAGCAUCAGAUGUUGCACGUGCCAGCCAGGAGAUGUUGCUAUCAAAAACUGAAGAGAAAAGAUACUUUGGGGAACUCAUGAGUCUCUUGGACAUGCAAGUACAGGAAAUGAAAUCGAUGAGUAACUCAAUAAAGAAGUUGGAAGGUAGACAAAGCAACAUUCCAGGGCGAGAAGUUCAAGUCACGAGCUCAAGGCCGUCUUAUGCAAAUGGCAGUAGGGCAGACCACGACUCACGCUCAGUAAGAUCCUUGUCACCACCACCUGCAUCUGUAGAACCACCCCACCCAAAAUCUUAUAUGGAGAUCAUGGCUAUGGUUCAAAGAGGCGAGAGGCCUCCCAACAUCCGAGACAUCAAUGAUCUGCCACCAAACCCUGACCAACCUGUAUCAAAUCCUCGCUUAGCACCGAAACCAAAGCCUUGGGAGGCUGCGCAAUCACAGGGAAGCUCAACCUAUCCUCAUGAAAACAACAAUGGACUUAAUUCCUCUGGUCAAGAUAACGGGUAUGGGCCAUCUGCAUCUGUCUAUCAGUCUAACGGGGAUAGUUCGGCUCCUUGGUGGCAACAAAAGAAUGUACGAAUCACUGAAGCCGAACCAGAAGAGAACAAGACAGGCCGUCCCAGUGAGAGACCUGUCCAACGACCUGCGUGGGUGCCACCACAGCCACCUCCUGUAGCAAUGGCAGAAGCAGCAGCCGCCAUCAGGCAGCCGAAAAAAUCACCCUUUGAAAAGGAACAACAAUUGACAGAUGAAGAGUUCCUAGCGCGUUCAGCAGAGGUGACCGACGAGUUACAGAGGGUGACCAAGUUAUCUGAAUCAGGCGGUGUAUCGGAUAUCGGUGGAGGGAGUUCGGUAGUUACAAACACAAGUGAGAUACAAAGAGAGGAAGAUGGAUCGUAUUACGAGGCUUAACGAUCUCCCCUGCUUGAUUCGAAGGUAUCUUUAUCUGUUCAUUAUAUUAAGAAUAAAUAAUAGUACAAGUAGCUUAAUACAUAUGAAUUGUCUUUGCAAACUUAACUUGAAAAUUACCUUACCUAUCUUUUGAUGAAAAACAAAAAACUCUUCAUGGUUGGUUUCUUUCAGAAUUUUGUAAAUUUAUGUAGAAAAUGAUAAGUUUCUGGAGCUAGAGCCAGAUACAGGUUUGAUGAUUCGUGUCUAGUUGACAUGGACUCCAAGAACAAAAGAGGUGUUUAAAUAAAAAUAGAGGAGGUUUUC